ACCAUCCGUGCCAAACUCUCCAUUCGCACACUCUCGCACGCGCGAGCCAAAAACCCCAACUCAUUCGCAUGCUCGCACGCUUAUUUCCCCUCAUCUGCUCCGACCCGACCCGCCGCCGCCGCCGCCCGGCGGUGUUUUAGGGUCUCAUCCCCCGGAGAUCUGUUUCGCCCUUCUGAAACGAAGAAGGACCUCCACUCCGGCCGCCGGAAAUUUUUUUCGUGCGGACUCCAUCGGAGAUGGUUAGGGUUUCUUCUCGGGAAAAGAUGGAUCUGUUUAAGAGUUCUUCGAAUAAGUUUUAAUGAAAGACAACCGAGAAUUUCAGGAUUUUUAGCGUCAGUUUUCGGUCAAAAAGUUGGGAAAUCUGUCCAGUCCGUUACAAAGAAGUAGUAAAAUUCAGUUCCCACAAUGGCAUUGAUGCUACAUGAAUUAAGCUCUGAGGAUAAUUGGGAUUAAAACAGAAAGAAGAUUACUAUGGCUUCAGAAAUGCAUAAGUUAAUUGGAACUAGUGAAGAAGAUGACGAGGAAGAAAUGGAAAUGGAUGUGAAAGAAGAGGAUGGUGAUGAUGAAGAGAGGCGUAAACAUGCUGCUGCUUCUGCUUCAGUAAUGGUUGGUUUUGAUGGAGGGAUGCCAACUAGUAGCAGCAAUAAUAAUCAUCAGUUUCAACAGUUACAGCAAGGACAAGAAGUAAGUACCCCAGGUGGAGGAGGAGCUCGUAGGUGUAGGCCACUAGAAGAAAAGGAGAGAACAAAAUUAAGGGAGCGGCAUAGAAGAGCUAUCACUGCGAAAAUCUUGGCGGGGUUACGGAGGCAUGGGAAUUAUAAUCUUAGAGUUAGGGCUGAUAUAAAUGAUGUAAUUGCAGCUCUUGCACGGGAAGCUGGUUGGGUUGUUCUUCCAGAUGGAACCACUUUUCCCUCAAGAUCUCAGCCUCAGGGUUCAAGACAUGCUGGUGUCAAUUCUACAGUAGCUACUUCAUCAUCUGGGCAUACAGCACCACAGCAAACUGCACCUUCUUCCUUAAGAGGUGGUGCUGCUGGCUAUCAGAGUUCUGUGGAUUAUAAUGCAAAUAGAAUGAAAGGUGUUUAUAUGCCCUGCUCAUCACCGUAUGAUAUUUCCACAAGUGCUCGUUCUCAAACUUCAACUAUGGUGGGAGAUGGAGGGGAACAAUCAGAGAGUCAGCCUCAUAUUGUUGGCUCCAUUGAUACCAUUGAUGACAAGCAGGUUGUUGAUAUAUCUCCAAAGUUAUCAGAGCGUGAUUAUUCUAGCACCCCUUAUAUUCCAGUUUAUGUGAUGUUACCAUUAGGUGUUGUUAAUAUGAAGUGUGAACUGGUUGACCCAGAUGGUUUACUAAAGCAGUUAAGGGUACUGAAAUCAGUUAAUGUGGAUGGUGUUGCUGUUGAUUGCUGGUGGGGAAUUGUGGAGGCACAUGCUCCCCAGGAGUAUAACUGGAAUGGUUACAAGAGACUCUUUCAGAUGGUGCGUGAGCUCAAGCUCAAGUUACAGGUUAUGAUGUCAUUCCAUGAGUGUGGAGGCAAUGUCGGUGAUGAUGUUUGUAUUCCGCUGCCACAUUGGGUGGCAGAAAUUGGUCGCAACAAUCCUGACAUCUUUUUCACAGAUAGAGAGGGAAGGCGGAAUCCUGAAUGUCUCUCAUGGGGAAUAGACAAAGAACGAGUUCUUAGAGGCCGGACAGCUGUUGAGGUAUACUUUGAUUACAUGAGAAGCUUCCGGAUAGAAUUUAAUGAAUUCUUUGAAGAAGGUAUCAUCUCCAUGAUUCUAGUUGGACUAGGUCCUUGUGGGGAGCUGAGGUACCCUUCUUGUCCAGUUAAGCAUGGUUGGAGAUAUCCCGGCAUUGGUGAAUUUCAGUGUUAUGAUCAAUAUUUGCUAAAAAGUCUGAGGAAGGCAGCCGACGCAAGAGGACACUCCUUUUGGGCUAGAGGACCAGAUAAUGCAGGUUCUUAUAAUUCACAGCCCCAUGAAACUGGUUUCUUUUGUGAUGGGGGUGAUUAUGAUGGCUACUACGGCAGAUUCUUCCUUAAUUGGUACUCCAAGGUUUUAGUUGAUCAUGGUGAACGGGUCCUUUCUCUUGCAAAAUUGGCUUUUGAAGGCACCUGCAUUGCUGCAAAGCUAUCAGGUAUUCAUUGGUGGUACAAGACAGCAAGUCAUGCUGCUGAACUGACUGCUGGAUUCUAUAAUUCAUGUAAUCGUGAUGGCUAUGCUGCAAUUAUGUCGAUGCUAAGCAAGCAUGGGGCUGCUCUGAACUUCACAUGUGCUGAACUGCACAUGUUAAACCAUCAUGAAGACUUCCAAGAGGCACUAGCUGAUCCUGAGGGGUUAGUUUGGCAAGUGUUGAAUGCCGCAUGGGAUGUGUGCAUACCUGUGGCCAAUGAAAAUGCUUUUCCCUGUCAUGAUCAAGUAGGCUAUAACAAAAUUUUAGAUGACGCCAAGCCAUCAUCUGAUCCAGACAGAAGACAUUUUUCAUCAUUUACCUACCUUAGGGUCAGUCCACAUCUCAUGGAAAGACACAACUUCGUGGAAUUUGAACAAUUUGUUAAGAAAAUGCACGGGGAAUCAAUUCGAGUAUAAGGAGCAGAAAAUUUGCUGCUGAUUGUGUUAUUGAUUUGCCCCCACCCCCAAAUUGUAGUUAUAUUCUGUUUCAGAUGGUAUUGAAUAAAGAUAUUUAUUUAUACUAGCUUUAAGCCGGUGAUUGACUA